ACAGCUCAAAAUGAGCCUUUCUUUCAUUUUACUUUCCUCUUCUUUCUGAAACAAACGUCCUUUCCUUUCCCUUCUUUCUUUUCCUUCCAACUAAUUUGAUGAAAUGGAUGGACCAUCGGUGGAACUUUACACUUUAUUCCCUAUGUCCUUUUCAGAUUUGAAACUCUCACCAAAUUUCACAUGCUCUUCCUUCUCCUCUCCAUCUCUUCAGACUCAUCGUGAAGUAUCAAUCUCCCUUUAUUUGCUUUAAUCCUUUUGUCCUCCACUAUAUUUAGCUCAUCUUGCUCUUCCUUUUCCUUUUUUCCCUCUUAUUUUUUUUUUCCCUGAUCCGUUAGGUAGUUUCGUUCUGUCCCUUCUUCACAACCUCCUCAAUUUGGAUUCUUUCUUGGUUUGUCCUGUCUCUUUUGCCCCUAAUUUCAAUGGGUAUCUUCCUAUUUUAGUGUUUCUUUGUUUUAAACUUUAGGGUUUUGAUUAUCCUUGUAGAUCACUUUGGUUUUAUCUGUUUCUGGUUGCUUUGCUUUGAAGUUGUCUUCUUUUGACUCAUAGAGUUUCAGUUUGAAUUCAAUGUCACAAGGCUAUGCAAUUGAGCUUUAUUUCGAUCCUGCUCUUGAAAACCAGGUCUUGAAGGCCUGGAAUGUAUUGGCUCGUCGCCAAAUCAGUACUCAGCUUAUCGAAAUCGAAUCUAGACCUCACAUUACACUGUUUUCCAGUCCUUUCAUCGACCCAACAAAGCUUGAAAACAUUGUCAAAACUCUGGCCUCCAAUCAAGAACCUUUACCAUUGUGUCUCUCAUCAAUUGGGAGCCUCCCAAAAGACAACAAUGUUCUAUUUCUAGCUCCAACACCUUCAUUGUCUCUCCUUCAUUUCCAUUCGAAGUUGUGCGAGGCAAUGAAGAAGGAGGGUGUCGAAAUUUGGGAUGAUUACCGCCCGGGUGCUUGGAUUCCUUAUUGUCCGGUGGCUGAAGAAGUGCCGAAGGGUCGAAUGGCUGAGGCUUUUACUCUUUUGAGAGAUUUGAAGCUGCCAGUUACUGGGCAUGCAAUGGAUAUUGGAUUGGUCGAGUUUUCGCCAGUUCGCGAACACUUCUCGUUUGUGCUUGGUAACACAUUAGAAGCAUGAGGUUUCAGAGUCAUUAUGUUGUUGUUGUUGUCAUGUUAAAUCAGGGUUUAUCUUUUGGACAGUUUACAUCAUUGCUUGUGUAGGAACUAUAUGUUGAAGAGCAUCAUUUCCCUUUUGAAAACA